CAGUCGGUGUUUGGUGCUCUGGGUGCGUGGUAGUUUGGUUUCUGCUCUGGGUUCGCUGUCACAGCCCGUCACUACCCGGAGCCCGGGACAGACAGGGCAACGCCCGUGUGUGUGUGAGCGGGACUCAGGGCAGAGGCGUCCUCUCGCUGUCUUUUUUUCUUCCUUUUAUCCAAAGAAGGGGGCAGUUCUCGCGCUUGCCUUCCUGUCGCCCCGUUGGGAGCGGGGUUGGUGUGCGGAGUGGUUCGUCUUUUUUUCUUUUAAACUUGUGAGCGUUUUUGGUUUUGUUUUUAUUUUUUUCCUCCCCUUUUUUUUAGGCUCAGUGCCGUCUGGACUGGUUUCAUUGGUCCCUGACUAACCGCUUUCUGCCCCUUCUCUCGCCAACCCCGCCCAAGGUCGCCCCUCUGCCCUCGCCCCUGGCCCGGGGGGUGGGAAGCUUUGUCAGGCUCCCUGCCCACUCGAGUCUCCGCAGCGUAGCAGCACCUGCUUCAGUAUGAACGGGGUCAACGACCCCCCUCUUUUUAUAAAAGAUAUUAAGCCCGGACUGAAAAACUUAAAUGUCGUCUUUAUUGUGCUGGAGAUAGGACGCGUGACCAAAACCAAAGACGGCCAUGAAGUGAGAUCAUGCAAAGUAGCAGAUAAAACUGGCAGCAUCACUAUUUCCGUGUGGGAUGAAAUCGGAGGUCUUAUACAGCCAGGGGAUAUUAUUCGGUUGACCAGAGGGUAUGCAUCCAUGUGGAAAGGAUGUCUGACACUUUAUACUGGAAGGGGUGGAGAACUUCAAAAAAUUGGGGAAUUUUGUAUGGUUUAUUCAGAAGUGCCAAAUUUCAGUGAACCUAACCCAGAUUAUCGAGGACAGCAGAACAAAGGGGCACACAGUGAACAGAAGAAUAAUUCCAUGAAUAGUAAUAUGGGUACAGGUACAUUUGGACCAGUGGGAAACGGUGUUCAAACUGGCUCAGAAGCAAGGGGAUGCCAAUUUUCAUAUGCUGGUAGAAGCAAUGGCCGGGGACCUGUAAAUCCACAGCUACCAGGAACAGCUAAUAAUCAAACAGUCAUGACCACAAUAAGUAAUGGCAGGGACCCUCGGAGAGCCUUUAAAAGAUGACCUAUGCCAAAUACACACAUGUAGUUUUUAAACUACGUGCCCUACUUGAACACUUACUGCACUUUUAUUUAUUGUUAACUGUGAAAACUGUCCUUUAUCGGUUUCCUUUUAUGUUUUUGGUUUGUUAACAAGAGUGGUUUGUUUUUUAUAGCAGAACUAUUAAGCUGCUCGAGUAUCCUAUUGAAGAAUGGGAACACUGAAGAAUAGGGGCAUUUAUUUUUAGAGCAAAAAGAUCUUUGGAUAUCCUCUAAAAUACCUGCACCCAUUUCAUGGGUGAGUUACUUACGACAUCAGCAUUUUAGCCUCUAUGAGUCUAUUUUCUGUACAAACUUUGUAAUUUUUAAAAUAAGGCUUAGUGGGAGAUGUUCUUUUGGCUUAAAAACAGAUAUGGCCAACUAAAGCAGGCUUAGUGGGAGAUGUUCUUUUGUCUUAAAAACAGAUAUUGCCAGCUAACGCAAUAACCACCAAAAAAGCAAAAACAUGGUUAAUGCUAACAGCAAUUUUUGAGUGUUUGUGACUCCAGGAAUGAUUGACUUCUCCAUUGAGUGACUGCCAUUAAGAUUUUCCAGGGACUGAAUCAUCCUAAACUCUUGUUCUGUUACCAAAAAACAUAUUCUUUAUCAGAAUUAUGGAAUAGAAUGUGAUCUGUAUUAUAACAAGAAAUUUUUAGAAGAAAGCUACAUUUCCUUUAUCUUAGGGUAGUCCUGUUAAUACUUACCAGCUUCGUGCAUUACAACUGAAUGGAAAUUUAAAACUGAGGCCUUGAAUGUUUAUUUUCUUAAACUACUAUGUCAAAUAUUGAAGUUUAAUUUGAGGGAAUUAUGAAGUCAUAAUAAACAUUGAUCUAAUUUUUACAAAUUAUGGUAGAUAAAUAUUAUAGUGAAGGCAAUUCAAAUUGAAUUUAUGUAGAAAAAUGUAAUCUUAAUUUAUGGCGUCCUAGGUACUUGCAGAAACUCAGCCUGGAGUGAAAUUCCUAGGUUCUUACUUUAUUUGAGGGUAUGUGUGUGUGUUUAUUGUCAGUUUCUGAACACAAUUCACAAAGCCUUAUCAGCAAAAGUUAAGAAAUGGCUCUCUCAAAGAAGCAAAUACAGCUUUAUUUAGAAAUGUAAAGGUAGAAUUUAUUUAUGUGUUGUAAGUGGUGUCCAGUUCCACUUUCUACUGUGUGGUGGAUAACUGGUAAAUUUUUCCUUUGCUGGAAUUAAACUCUUCUUCAACGUUAUCUCUUGAAUAAAACUUGCGUUAAUGUUAACAGACCUACCUUAUUUUUGCUCUUUUAAUGGUUUACAAUGGAGAGCCAGUACCUUUUACUGUAAUUGUAAUGAUGACUUCAGCCUGGUGACUACUUAGCUUUGUAUUUGUCACUGUGUCUUUUUUCCCCACCUCAAAUAACAAUAAUUUAAGUGGACUUUGUUUUCUGAAAGUGCCAUAGCGUUUCAAUAUAAAAAUUUGUGCCAGAUAUUUGUUUGCUCUAAUCCAGUGUGUCUAACAGGUAUUUCAGUAUGUCACAUAUUAGGCACUGUGUGGAUAGUGUUAAGGGGUAGACGAAAUAAUGAAUAAUCUCAAGAAGCUUAUUGUUUAUAGUAUUUCAGUAACUGGGGAUUAUAUGUUAUAGAAAUAAGUUUUUCCUUUAUUCAUAUACUGAUGAUUAUAGUUAAUUUGGCUUUGUGACUAGUAUUUUUUUAAGAUGUUCACAAAAUUACAGAUGUUUGGAGUAAAAAAAUUA